GUAUUGCAUGUGUGUGUUGUGUGUUGCGCGUCCCGUGUUCUGGGAAUAGGUGUAAGAAGGGACUUAUAAAAAGAGGGUGAUCACGGAGUCCAAUUCCAGACACUGCUGCUGCGCCAAUUUCUGCCAUCAGUCUUACUGCUACAGACACCAGUGACAGAAGGGGCGUUCUUGAAGUCAAUCUGUUGAAUGUUUUAUUCUGCAGUGACUUGGAAGAUGAGGGCUGCCAUCUCACUGCUGGUGCUGCUGCUCUCCAUGUGUGGAGUCCAGACAGACAGCAACGGCGUUGACUUCUCUACCCCGGACGUCUCUGAGCUGAAGGAACUCAGAGACAUGAUGGUGGACCUGAGAGUAACACUACAACGUAUUGGAGAUGAGGCAGACAAUGUAGCAGUGAAAGAAAGGCUGGCAUUAAGUGAAACCAAGGUUGAAGCUCUGGAAAGGGCGCUACAGGACACCAAAGCAGAAAUGAAGACGGAGGUGGACAACCUGAAGAAGGAAAAUGCAGCACAAGAGGCAGAGUUGACAGCAGUGAAGACCAGACUGGCAUCCACUGAGACUGAAGUGGAGAAUCUAGAUAGAGAGAUCAAAGCAGCACCCAAGGUGGCCUUCUCAGCAGGUCUAAAGGAAUCUGGAUCCGGAUACCAAUAUGCUGUGAUUAAUGACCUGAAUUUGGUGUUCAAGAAAGUCAUCACCAAUGUAGGAGAGGCCUACAGCAGCGCAACGGGCUUCUUCACAGCUCCAGUCAGGGGGGUCUACUACUUCAGGUUCACUGUUAUGGAUGAUCUAUACAGACGCUCCAUGUAUAUCAGGAUGCAUAAGAAUGGACAGCAGCUCAUGAGCCUGCGUGAGUAUGACACUGAUGGACAGUUCCACUAUCUGUCCGGUGGCCUGACUCUGCAGCUGGAGAAGGGAGAUAGAGUAAACCUGAUGAUACCAGAACUCAGGAGGAUUUAUGACAGUCCUAAUAAACCCUGCACCUUCAGUGGCUUCCUGCUCUUCCCUCUCUGAACACCAGAAGAUCACCAUGACCACUCACCACUCAUUUUGAAGACUGUUUAGUUGAACAAUAAUAAAUGUAAGCCAUUGAUGACAUUAAGUUCUCUUAAACUGCAUAUUCUUCAAGAUCUUGGAGCUUGCUUAAUUGAGAAAUUAUCAAUGUAAAUUGUCAUGAUCAAAUAAAGUUAUUUUUGGUAACACUUUAUUUUAGGGAUCAUCUAUUAGCACUACUACAUACAAUGUUCAUGUAUAAGUAACUUGUA